AUGGAGGAGCUGCCCUUGGAGUGGGAGAGACUGCAGUUCGCCCCCGAUCCACGCCUGGGCCCGGACUCAGGAUGGAGCCCUUCCAGAGAAGGCUGUGCGCAGGGACUCAAAGACUACUCGCCCGGACCUACCCGAGCCAUCCUCGCUCUAAAGAGCCUCCCGCGGGGCUUGGCCCUUGGCCCCUCACUCAUCAAGGAGCAGCGCUUGGGGGUCUGGUGUGUUGGGGAACCCUUGCAGCCAGGACUGCUCUGGGGGCCACUGGAAGAGGAGUCUGUCUCCGAGCAGAAGGGCCAUGGAGUGAAAACAAAGCAGAAGGAGGACGUGUCACUAGGCCCAUGGGGAGAUGUGUGUGCUUGUGAGCAGAGUUCAGGCUGGACUAGUUUGGUGCAGCGGGGAAGGCUGGAGGGUGAGGGAAACGUGGCCCCAGUGCGGAUCAGCGAGAGGCUCCACCUGCAGGUGUACCGGGUCGUGCUGCCAGGUUUUGAGCUGCUGAUGUGGCCCCAGCCUCCCUCGGAGGGCCUGAGCCCCACCCAGCCCAGGCUAGAGGAAGAGGCAUCCUUGGCUGUGGUGACAGAAGUGGAGUCUCCUGUACAACAGGAAGUGGCCUCCCCCAGGGAGGAUGCAGCAGAACCUUGCACAGAUCCUGGUCACCAGUCACAGCCCCGCAUCCAGGCGGUGAGCCCUGGACUUAAGCCCCGAAUCCAGGACCAAGUUUCCAAGGAGAGCCAGCCACUCAGCCCAUUGCCUCAGGAUGGCUGUGUAGAUGAGGAGAACCCACCCCAGACCCAGAUGCCACCUGAACCUCAGAGCAGCUCCACUCCCCAGCAGGGCCCUGAGAGCAAUGAGGCCAGUUCCUCAUCUUCUGCCAGGGGCCCCCAGCUGCGUGCUUACCUAGUCAAGAAGUUGCAUAGCCCCAGUGAUCAACAGCCACCCAGACCGAAGACCUCAGAGCCCGGGGCCCAGCAGAGUGGAGAGCAGCAGCACCCUGGCUUCCCCUCAUGCUUGCGGAGCGCCCCUGACCCGGUGGGAGGCUCCCCGAAGCGGGGGCGACGGUACCGCUGUGCCGAGUGUGGCAAGGCCUUCCUGCAGCUGUGCCACUUGAAGAAGCAUGCGUUCGUGCACACGGGCCACAAGCCCUUCCUUUGCACCGAGUGCGGCAAGAGCUACAGCUCAGAGGAGAGCUUCAAAGCCCACAUGCUGGGCCACCGUGGGGUGCGGCCAUUCCCCUGCCCUCAGUGCACAAAGGCCUACGGCACCCGGCGAGACCUCAGAGAGCACCAGGUUGUACACUCAGGUGCCCGGCCCUUUGCUUGCGACCAGUGUGGCAAGGCCUUUGCCCGCCGGCCCUCCCUGCGGCUGCAUCGCAAGACACACCAGGUGCCAGCGACCCCUGCCCCGUGCCCGUGCCCUGUGUGCGGGCGGCCCCUGGCCAACCAGGGCUCCCUGCGGAACCACAUGCGGCUCCACACGGGGGAGAAGCCCUUCCUGUGCCCACACUGCGGCCGGGCGUUCCGCCAGCGGGGCAGCCUGCGCGGGCACCUGCGGCUGCACACAGGGGAGCGCCCUUACCGCUGCCCACACUGCGCUGACGCCUUCCCCCAGCUGCCUGAACUGCGGCGCCACCUCAUCUCCCACACCGGGGAGGCCCACCUGUGCCCUGUGUGUGGGAAGGCCCUCCGGGAUCCCCACACACUGCGCGCGCAUGAGCGCUUGCACUCAGGUGAGAGGCCCUUCCCCUGCCCCCAGUGCGGCCGUGCUUACACACUGGCGACCAAGCUGAGGCGCCACCUCAAAUCCCACCUGGCCGACAAGCCCUACCGCUGCCCCGCCUGUGGCAUGGGCUACACUCUCCUCCAAAGCCUCAAGCGGCACCAGCUCAGUCAUCAGCCCGGGGCACCCCCCAGCCCACCCUGUGUGCCGCCUGCCGCUUCUGAGCCCACCGUGGUGCUCCUGCAGACCGAGCCAGAACUACUGGACACAUGCAGUGAACGGGGCGGGUCCCCAGCCCCGGACGUCUUCGAGGUCACCCUUUCCGAGAGCCAGGAUAAGUGCUUUGUGGUGCCCGAGGAGCCAGGUCCUGCUCCCAGCCUGGUGCUCAUCCAUAAGGACAUGGGAUUUAGCACCUGGGCAGAAGUGGUAGAGGUGGAGACGGGCACCUGACCACCCUCACCUUCCCUUAGCAGAGCUCUGUAUAAAGACUGGUGUUUCUGAGCUUCGUGUCUGCAUCUUUCUCUUUGGGUUCCCUGAUAGAGACUAGUCUCUGAGAAGCAGGUCAAGGACUUCCCUUCUUGCUUAUGGACGACCACUUUGUUUCCCAAGACUCUUAAUAAGGUAAACCACUUCUAGAUGUAAGAUCUUUUUAUCAGCUUCCAGUAGAGCUUGUCCUGCCACCCUCCCUGGGAACUCCUCAAGGUGCUUGUUCUUUAAACGUUUUGGAAGUGACCCUGCCCAGUGAGGUAGCCAGGU